GGGCGCGGGGCGGAGCAUGCACGGCAGUCGCAUCGUGGCCGCGCGCCGGCUCGCACGUGUUUCGCGUUAUGGUGUCCGUAGGGCCGUGGCGGCGCCGCGCGCCGGACGACGACGACCGUUCGGAGCCCGGGGCCUCCAGCUCGGGCGUGCCGCGCGCCCCGCCGAACUGCGCGCGUUGCCGCAACCACCGGCUCAAGGUGGAGCUGAAGGGGCACAAGCGGUAUUGCAAGUACCGGUACUGCAACUGCGAGAAGUGUAGACUGACGGCUGACAGGCAGAGGGUGAUGGCGCUGCAGACGGCGCUGCGGCGCGCUCAGGCGCAGGACGAGGCUAGAGCGCGGGCGGCGGACCACCACCCUCCCGGGAUCGAGCUAGACCGGCCUGAGCCGCCUGUUGUGAAGGCGCCGAGGAGUCCCGUGAUCCCGCCGCCGCCGCCCCGCUCCAUGGGAUCGGCGAGCUGCGACUCUGUUCCGGGAUCGCCCGGGGUAUCGCCGUAUGCGCCGCACCCGCCGUCCGCUCCGCCUCCGCCGAUGCCGCCGCUCCCGCCGCCGCAACCAGUGGCCCUGGACUCCCUGGUAGAAAACUGCCACAAGCUGCUGGAAAAGUUCCACUACAGCUGGGAGAUGAUGCCGCUCGUGCUGGUCAUCCUCAACUACGCCGGCUCCGACCUGGAGGAGGCCUCGCGGAAGAUUGAUGAAGCCUCCUGGGUGGUGCACCAGUGGCGGUUGUACGAGCGCUCGCUGUGCUCGCUGCUGGAGCUACAAGCGCGCAAGGAGUCGUUUUGCUGCUCGCCGCGCUACGUGCUGUCGCGCGAGUACGCGCCGCACCUGCCCGUGCCGCUCAUGCGCUCGCCGCCGCCCGCGCACUUGUAGCCCCACACCGCGCCGCGACAGACGGCGCACGAGCCCACUGAGCCGUCUACUUCGGCCAAACCCGAGUAGGCCCGAGGCCGACCCGAGCCUGACCCGAGAGGACCCGAGCAGACCCGAGUGGGCUAUUCCGGACUUUACCUAGAUUUAUAUGUGCUAUACGUGUUACAACACGCAUAUUUGUAUAUUAUCACGGACAUUAAGUUAAAGUUGGAGAGUGGUUACCUUAUCUUGUUAACCCGGUGCUUAAUUGAAUUAAUUAUUCCCAGAUAUUAAAAAAACCAGUGAAUACUUUGCCGGUAUAAUUAACUGUUGUUAAGCAACCAUGAGAAUUAUGGUAUUUAUUGUGGACAUGUUGCAUCGAGAAAUUUCAUAUUAUCGGUGAUAAAAUUAAACCACACUGUGGUUUGGCAGAAAACCACAUUGUUUGUAAUAUUGAAUAAACA